GCACGGCACCAUCAGGUGACCUCGUGUUUCUCUGCCGCGAGGCGCGCGUCUCUCGCGGGGCAAGACAUCACUGCGCUGACGCCCUACCCAUGGAUCGAGGUCAGAAUGUCGCUGCUGCAUUAUUGGGAGACACAGCGCUCCGUGAAACGAAGGAAGACCUCCGGAGAGGCUUCUGACACAACUCCCAAAUUGGAGGAGACGCCCGGCGAGGACAGUGCCAGUGCCAGUGCCAGUGAUAUGCGGCCGGCGAGCCCGAGUCCCUCGACUGGUGUUGCAGACAGUACACGCUUGACGGGGAAUGACGAACUCGAACACGAAUACCAAAUAAAGAGCAGUCAGACAGAUUUGGAGACCUCUCUUCCUGCAAUUGAGACCGAUGAACAUGCCAUCCGAGAAUACGAGGCAUCUCACUCUCAGACCGAGAAAAACGAACACGACGAGGAGACGGAUACAGAACCUGGGUUACAUGUCAGACUACGAGAUGGCGUAUGGCAGAAGGGCAAAAGUUCCAUCUACGUAGAUGCGUUCAAUCUAGCACUGGAAACUGUGCUGGAGGAAGAAUCGCAUCUCUUCAAUGCGGCUGAAUUGUGCAUAUUUAACGAGUGGAAGGGGCUAGCUUAUGAAUCACAAUACUUAUAUGUGCGGCUUUUCCUUCGCAAGACCUCCGCAUGGCAUCGUAUCAAUCGCCUGGGCUAUUACUCUGACAUAUCAGAUCUAUCCUCUGUAGCCGCGGAUCUCCAAUUAGACCGCAGCUUACCGAAACUCGAAAAUGAGGACGAGGACGAGGAAGACACACCGUCAACCCUGGGCCCGUCUUUUAGAUUCGCAGACGGCAUGACCGAGAUCACAACACUGGAAGAAGCAUCCUCACUACUGCUACUAGACGAGCUAAAAGGCUUCGCUAAAGAAGCCAAAACCCAAGGAAAAAACAAGAAGGAACUCCUAUCCGCACUCCGCGAAAGCAGUCAAUCCCAAACCGGUCUCGGAUUCAAGGAUAAAUCCUGGCAAGCCAACCAAACGACAAAUCGAGAUGACCAUUUCGUCGCCAAGAUCCUCGAUUAUACAGGCGAAUGCAUCCUCUUCUACAGAUCAACCGAGUGGAGCGAGAAAUCAUUAACAACAAUAAUCCUGGCGAAAAUUUCUCGACGGAAUUUCCCCAAUUACAUCGUCUGUCGAUCGAACUCGAUCUUCCCUUCUCGAAAAUCAUUAUUGGAAUUCGAAUCCGCGCUACGUACACAAUUUGAUAUUGACAAUAUUCUCGAAUUUAACGGCCCGCCAACGACAGAGUCGUUGCAAAGUAUCAUCAACCUGGCCGUCAACAUUCACCCCCGCUGGAGGUCACUCGUCAACGAAGAACAAGAAAAGGAAAACAGUAUCUACGAAAUUGGCGAAGGCGCUUAUCUACGCCGCUUCUCGCCUGCUUGGGUAUAUACGCGAAUCAUUCAUAAAAGUCUCCACCCACUCGGUCGAUUUAAAGAACAUAAACGUGAGCAUGAGAUUAUCAGCGAACUACUUGCUCAGAGAUUAUUCCACGCAUCCAGGCGCGGCGCUUGGUAUCAGCGGAAAGCGUUGUUGGAAGAACACUACAUGUGGGCAUUGACACCCACCGAGGAUCGGAGUGAGGAGAAACAGCGCAAGUUUUGGAAACGGGUUGCGCUGCGGACGUGUGAGGAGGGUAUUGAGGAUCCGCUGUGUCAUUUGAUAUAUCAUUAUGAUUUGCAGAAACGGAUUACGAAGCUUGAGAAAGCGCUUAAGUUUGUUAAAAGGGAACAGCAUGAUUUUGGACAUGUUAUGCUUUCUAAACCUGCCGAGCGGACUAUUGAGGGUAUUCGGAUUGAGCGUGAUGAUGAUUUGCCUGCUGCUGCUGCUGGCAGCAGUGGUAUUGCUUCUGCUGCUGCUGCUGCUGCUGCUGCUACUAAACGGGGCAAGCCUACGAUAUGGAUUGAUGAGCGCGAGGGAGGCGAGUGCAGGGUCGAAAGCAUGUGUUUGAGCUGGUAUCGGGAUAAUGGUUGGAAGGGAUAUCACUCUGAAGGAGGAAUUGUGCGAACAUUAUUCGCCUACCUCUUUUACGAUAUCCUCUUCACCUAUGUGCCGAAUGUGUUUCAAACGCCCUUCCAGACCUGCCCGCUGGAUCUGCAUACAGAUGUGUUCUACCCAUCGCGCGCGUCAGAGAUAAAUCAUCGACUUGUCGAGAUUACGAAUGGUGACGCGGAGCGUAUAGUGCGAGAAGUGCAUGAUCGUGAAUCGUCAACCCAGCCUUGUGCCAUUGGCCUUGAUUGGUCUUUUGAAUUGUAUGAUUUGGUUGAGAUUGUGCAGAGUUUCCGCGGCGAGGCUCUUGCUACUAUUUGCAAGGUUAUGGCGCAGGAGUAUCAGCAGCGCGGUGGGGGGAUUCCGGAUCUUUUUUUGUGGAAUUAUGAGAUGAGAACUGUUAUGUUUUCGGAAGUUAAGUCUGAAAAUGAUCGGUUGAGUGAUACUCAGCGAUUGUGGAUACAUAUUUUGCUUGGGGCUGGGGUGAAGGUUGAGUUGUGUAAUGCUGUUGCGAGGGAGGUGAGGACGGGGUGA